AACCAGCAGCGAGGGAUAUCCACAGCGGCACCCAUCAGCAGCGGUGCACGAUGGCCCGGCCGCCCCCUGCAGCCCAGCGUGGGUUUUGUCAAUGGCCCAACUGCUUUUCUCUGUGGGGAAAACUUCUCUGCCAAGCAAGCCAGGCUGGGCUGCUUCUCCAGCCCACAGAGCGUCGCAGUGCCCGCAGCCCAGCCCCACGCCGGCCGACCCGCUGGCUCCCCACCCAGCCCCACGGGAGACCUUAGAAGCCGGAAGCUCACAGCAGGAGCGGGGCGCCCCGCGGGCCACAUCGGUGCUCCGGCGCUCGACUCGUUCUGACUGCAGCGAGAGCCAGUAGUGUGCCGCGUGGGGCGCGGGAACGGCGACGAGGGCGUUCCAUCGGCUGGGCGGGGAUGGAUUAGCCGGGCCUGGGAAGAUGGCCUCCUCGGAGCAAGCGGAGCAGCCCAGCCAGGCUGGCUCCUGCCCUGCCACUGAAAAUGCUGCAUCUCGAGAGCCACUGAUUGUGACAGCAGUGAAGUUUUUACAGAACCCGCGAGUCCGCCAAAGUCCUCUUGCAACCAGAAGAGCAUUUCUGAAGAAGAAAGGCCUGACAGAUGAAGAAAUUGACCUGGCUUUCCAGCAGUCGGGCACAAGCACAGACGAGCCACAGUCCCCAGGUCCUUCUGCACAGCUGGUGCCACCUCCACUCUCUCACCCUGUGGUGCAUAGUCCACCUGGCUCCAGAUGGCGAGACUACGGGGCUUUGGCUAUCAUAAUGACAGGAAUUGCCUUUGGAUUCCACCAGCUCUACAAGAAAUACUUGCUUCCUCUCAUCAUGGGAGGCAAAGAAGACAGGAAACAACUUCAGAGGAUUGAGUCAAACAUUGCCGAGAUGAGUGGCAGCGUGACACAGACAGUGACUCAGUUACAGACAACUUUAGCAGCUGUCCAGGACCUGCUAGCCCAGCAAAAGCAGAAAAUCCAGGAGCUCACCCAAGAACUGGCUGCUUCUAAGGCCACAACUUCCACCAACUGGAUUCUGGAGUCACAGAAUAUUAACGAAUUGAAAUCUGAGAUCUACUCAUUAAAAGGGCUUCUCCUGAACCGGAGGCAGUUCCCUCCUUCCCCUUCGGCUCCUAAGAUCCCGUCGUGGCAGAUCCCAGUGAAGCCAAGCUCACCCUCCAACCCUGUUGUUGCCAACCAUAAUAGCAGCAGUGACAUCUCACCUGUCAGCAACGAGUCCACCACUUCAUCCCCAGUCAAGGAGAACCAUAGCCCUGAGGGGUCGAAGGUCAGCUGCCAUCUGCUGAGCACCGAGGAGGGCAACAAGGCAGUGAUUGACGUCAAGAGCCAAGUGCGGAUGGAGGUGCAGGGUGAGGAGGAGAAAAGGGAAACCAAAAGGAAUGAAGAGGAGGAAGAGGACGAUGAGGAUGAUGAUGUUAGCCAUGUAGAUGAGGAGGAAUGUCUGGGUGUCCAGACCGAGGACCGGCGAGGAGGGGAUGGUCAGAUUAAUGAGCAAGUGGAGAAGCUACGAAGACCUGAGGGAGCCAGCAACGAGAACGAGAUCGACUAAGGCCCCUGGCUUCCGCUGCCGCUGCUGCUGUACAUCUUCCCUAGCCUCCUGCACUGUCCCCGGUGCCUCUCCUGCCUGGUGGAGAGAUGUGCCACUGUCCCGUCCAGUCUGCUCCCGUGACUGACCUUGGGCAGGGUCACAGUUUCCCAGAGAACAAGGUGGGCCCUGUUUCACCACAGGGCUUUGCAGUGUUGCAGUGGCUGCUUCUCCCCUCCCAGACCCACCUUCUCUCACUGCCUAGGCUGGAAGACCAAGCGCCUUACCGUGCACCACAGCUACAAAAUAAGUCCUGGUACAAAACCACCAUCUCCUAGAGUCCUUCUAUCCAGUUCCAGAAACCAGCCUGCCCUGAGCAAUUUGGUUUCGAAAGCCUUUAAUCCCCACGUAAGGCCCAACCCAGUUCUCUGCUUCCCAAAACAACCUCCUGGUUUAUUUCUCAGAUGACUUGAUAUUCUGUUGCCAAAAAAAAAGAAAAGAAAAAAAGAACUUUUUAACCCUAAAUUCCUCACCAGAUCUCAGUCUUGGCUCUUCCAAGCCCUAUGUCAAGCCUCAAAUUCCUCAAACUACCUAGCAUCUGAAAACACUAAAUUUCUGUGGGGUCCAAAGAAUGCUAUUUCCACCCCACAUGCUUACACUUAUCAAAGUGGCCUCUUGCUAGGGACCAGGUCCAGGUUUCAUGGCCACAGUCAAGUGGCUUUGUUGCUGAUUGCUGAGUAAAAGAAGGCUUUAAAAGAAGUUGACUCCACUCAUCCCAGUUAUUGCCCUCUGUCUUCCAAAGACAAGGAGCUCACAUCGGUUUUUGACAUCUUGCAUUAUAUUUGUAGCUACUCUGAAUGAAUGAACUAAUAUCGCAUACCAAAACAGUUGGUUAAUCCUGAAUCUUUGCAAUGGUUUUUAGCCUCCCUAAAUGAGGAGAAAACUCAUCUUAAAUGAUCAGCUGAGACCUACCCACUGACAUGCACCUGCUUUGGCAAAGCAGUCUUUAGAGAAGAGAGAGCAGCUCCAGCUCUGAGGUUAACCACUGGCCCUUCUUGCCCAGUUCAGCCUUCUUUUUUGCCCCUCUGGGGCUCUACACAAAUAGAAGCAGUGGAUUUUGAAAGCUCUCCUCUGCAGCAUCGUGUUCUCGGCUGGUAAAAUGGUGGUGUCAGUCAUAAUAGUCACUGCAUCGGAGCCUCUUAGCAGAGCAAUUCUAUUCUUGUGACAACUGAGUCUCACUGUCCUCACCAAGCAAGUGUGCUCGUCUGUGUGAUGAUGUAUAGAUUCCAACUAUAAAAUACAAAUGUAUAUAAUUGUAAUAAAUAUGAGUUACCACUAUUUAA